UGAUCAUGCAAUGCGGCCUCAGCGCGGGACGGGCAGAAGGACCGGAGACUCUCGGUUCACGAGCGUGGGGAAGUUCCCGUCAGGGGGGAAGCAAAAAGGAUGUUCUCUCCCUAACAACUUCACCGAACCCAUCCUUAUAUCCCCCUCCCCUCCCCCUCCAAAAAAAAAAAACAAAAGAAAAAGAAAACAAACCGAUAUACCAGCUUUCUGCCUGCUCGAGAAUUCACAUCGUUCUUUCGGUCUGUCUGUCCUUUGCAUAAACUCUCCAACAUGGCGACUUCAGACUCAUCCUCCACCGAUCGAUUCAUCGCUGCCCUUGGGCUCAACAAGGAGUGGGCAUCCAAAAUUGCCAAGGAGCAGCCGGAGCUCUUCCCAACGCUUGCUGCUGGCCAGAACCCGGAGAUUCUCUGGAUCGGUUGCUCCGAUUCCCGUUGUCCCGAGACCACCCUCCUAGGCCUCAAACCCGGUGACGUCUUUGUUCACCGAAAUAUCGCCAAUGUCUUGCACCCUAGCGAUCUGAGCUCGUCGGCCGUCAUCGAAUAUGCCGUCCGUCACCUGCGGGUGAAACACAUCGUUCUCAGCGGACACACUUGCUGUGGAGGUGUUGCUGCUGCGCUUGGCAAUAAGCAGCUUGGGAUCCUGGACCCCUGGCUUCUGCCUCUGCGACAACUGCGCGAAGAGAACCUCGAACUGCUGCAGUCAUUGUCGGCGGACGAAGCGGCUGUUAAGCUGGUGGAGUUCAACGUUCUGGCGGGUGUCAAGGUUCUGAAGCAGAAGAACGUCGUACUGGAGGCUAUGCAGCAAGGACUGAAGGUGCACGGAGUGGUGUACGAUGUGUCCAGCGGUGUUAUUCGGCAGCUGGAUACUAGCGAGCCGGCAGAUGUGGUGAAGGCACGACUCACCUCAUUCAAGACCGAUGUCUAGAACGGGGGGUUUUUUUUUUCCUUAUCUCAUUUGGAUAUUUAGUUAGCGGGUUUGAACAGGCAGCCCUCGGGCUGUAUUUCACUGGGCAUAUAAGUGAGCGAUGCAACGGGCGUAU